GUUAGUAGAGCAAAAUAAUAGAGUCGUUUAGGUAGGGGUUCAGACCCUUCAAAUCUUAGUCUGUCGGCGGCGUUAAAACACAAAUAUAAACUACGUGAAUUUCAUGUAGUCUGUUAGAGAGGAAUAUUACCCCCUGCAAAUAACCGGUAACGCCGGAGGUGUGUUUCGUUUCUCCGCCCACUCCGGAAAACUUAAAAGAGUCGUCGUAAUUUUAUUUUUUUAAGGUGACGUGGAGUCGAACCCCUUCUUCUAUACUGUAUCGUGCGGCAGCAAAAAGUACUCAGUGUACCCGGAUAUGAACGCAAUGACGGUGGGACAUUAGAUUUGGGCUUUCCAGUAUGUUUAGCUGUAAAUCUUUUCGUUGAGCUCCAGUAUCUGCGCUUACCGGAGCGGAGAGGAGGCUGUCGGGGCCUGGAGUCAGAGGGAUCCGGCGGUCAGACAGGUUUUGUUGGCUCUGCAGCAUCGGGACUGAAGUGACACAACAGUGAUACUGGGGUAUGCAGUGUGGAGUAGGACACCUGCCAGGUGGCUGCCAGAAGAGAAUGGGGCUACCCCUCAUCUUGAUCCUGUGCUUGUUCUCGGGCUGGAUUAUGGGCUACAAGCAGGGGGACAAUGUGACCCUUUAUGUCAACAAAGUGGGCCCUUAUCAUAAUCCCCAGGAGACAUAUCACUACUACACCCUGCCUGUUUGCAGGCCAGAGAAGGUACACCACAAGUCCCUGAGUCUAGGAGAAGUGUUGGAUGGUGACAGGAUGGCAGAGUCGUUAUAUCACAUCCAGUUCAGAGAGAAUGUUGAUAAAAAAACUCUUUGUCGGCUCACUCUUUCAGAGAAGCAGGUGGACCAGCUUCGUGAGGCCAUCGAGGAGCUGUACUACUUUGAAUUUGUCCUAGAUGACAUUCCAAUCUGGGGGUUUGUGGGAUACAUAGAGGAGAGUGGCUUCCUUCCUCAUAGCCACAAGGUGGGUUUGUGGACUCACCUAGACUUCAACAUUGAGUACAACGGCAAUUCAGUGAUCUUCGCCAAUGUCUCAGUAAAAGACGUCAAACCUGUUCCUCUGGAGGAGGGCGCAGGUACAGCGGUGGGUGGAGUCGGUUUGGGUGGGGGAAGCCUGACCGUCACCCAUACCUACAGUGUGCGCUGGUUCGAAUCCCAUCUGCCUCACUCCCGGAGAGCUGAGCGCCUCCGAGACUACUCAUUCUUCCCCAAAACACUGGAGAUUCACUGGUUGUCCAUCAUUAACUCACUGGUGCUGGUGGUGUUGCUUCUGGGCUUCGUCAUCAUCAUCCUUAUGCGUGUGCUUAAGAAUGACUUUGCCAGAUACAAUGUGGAGGAGGAGGGUGGCUGUGAUGAUCUGGACCAGGGAGACAAUGGCUGGAAGAUCAUACACACUGAUGUCUUCAGGUUUCCCCCUUACAAAAGCCUGCUGUGUGCCGUACUGGGAGUGGGGGCUCAGUUCCUUACCCUUGCCACAGGGAUCAUCGUCAUGGCAUUAUUGGGAAUGUUCAAUGUGCACCGCCAUGGCGCCAUCAACUCAGCAGCUAUUGUCCUGUACGCUUUGACGAGCUGUGUGUCAGGAUAUGUCUCUUGCAGCUUCUACACACAGAUCAACGGCCAGUGCUGGGUGUGGAACAUCAUCCUCACCUCGUCUCUCUUCUCUGCUCCUCUGUUCCUGACGUGGAGUGUAGUGAACUCAAUCCAUUGGUGGAGUGGCUCCACUCAGGCUCUGCCAGCCACCACGGUGCUCCUCCUGCUAGGUGCCUGGGUGCUGGUGGGCUUUCCCCUCACUGUCAUUGGCGGCAUUGUUGGAAAGAACCGAGCCGGCAGCUUUCAGGCACCCUGUCGCACUCGUAACAUCCCCCGACAGAUCCCUACACAACCCUGGUACAAACACACUGCUGUGCACAUGGCCAUUGGGGGCUUCCUGCCAUUCAGUGCCAUUUCAGUGGAACUGUAUUACAUCUUUGCCACCGUUUGGGGCAGAGAGCACUACACCCUCUAUGGCAUCCUGCUGUGCGUCUUUGCCAUUCUCCUCUCAGUGGGUGCCUGCAUCUCUGUGGCUCUCACCUACUUCCUGCUGUCAGGUGAAGAUUACCGGUGGUGGUGGCGGAGCGUACUGUGCACUGGUUCGACUGGCCUCUUCAUCUUCGUCUACUCUGUUUUCUACUAUCGGAACCGGUCAUCGAUGAGUGGCCUGGUUCAGAGCACAGAGUUUUUUGGCUACUCUCUGCUCACGGCGCUCGUCUUCUCACUAAUGCUGGGCAGCGUCUCGUUCUGGGCCUCACUGGCAUUUAUUCGCUACAUCUACCGUAGCCUCAAGAUGGACUAGACAUGAAAUGUGUGUACAUACUCUAAACAAACAUUUCCUUAUAGCACACAUGGACAAUCUUCAUUCUUCUCUCUUGCUCUUUGUCAUACACACACCUAUAAUGUGAGGUUAAUGGGAGGAGAAACUGGGGCCUUUACCUUGAUUUGACAGUUGCUAAUGAUGGAACUACAGGAGCUACUAUUGUUGGAGUAAGAAAUAAUUUAAUCAUUGUAUGAUGCAGUGUGUCAUCGUCUGCUCUGGUUCUUACUUCAUGGUCUAUCAAGGCUUGGCAGGAUCAACCCUUUAUCUCUGCAGUACACUGAGACAGCUGACUUAUAUUGAAGUUUUGUUUGAUUAUACAGCUGUGCAAUUGUUAUUGCUGGCAAUUAUAAUCACCCACACACAAAAUUGUAUCAGGCUAUCCAAUUAAAAUAUAAAAAGUUAUGUUAUGUCCUGUUAAGUUUGACAUGGCCCUGCAGUGGAUAAGAGGAAUGAUGCCUUGUAGAUUGAAGAGCUAUUGCAAAAUGUUGGCGAUGGGAGCAAUAUUUUCAUUGUAUGUUAAGCUCACCAUUGACUGUGAUUUUGGUUCUAUUGUAAAUAUUGUCUUUUCAAUAAAUUGCUUUUAAUACAA